CUGCCACUCAAAAUAAUCUGAAUCCAAAACAAUGGAGGAGACGACAUGGGAACAGAGACUACAAGCGGUGACACACAUACUCACAAACCCAACAACAAAACCAUCACUUCACUCCCAGUUCUUAAUCGGAUCCCUAGUCCCAAACUACACCUCGUGGGAUUACCCUCCGAUCUAUUCGCAGAAGCAUCUCCGUCAAUGGUGGGUUUCUCAAAUCCUCAAAAGGGUAUCGAGAUUCGGGCUUCCGGAUACCUCGUGGAGGUCGAAUUGCCCGUAUUACCAGCCGGCGGCGGCGGUGAUGGCGAUGGGAGUGGAUGAAGGGAAAUGGGGGAAAGAGGAGAGGAGAGAGUAUGCGAGGAAGAGGCUGAGGAGGAAGAGAUUGGUGAACGAAGUGAAUCCUUAUAUUCCUCUUUUGGUUCCUAAUUUGCUUCUCUUUACUCUCUUGUUAUGGGAUCCUCUUCCUGAGUAAAUUUGAAUCUGUUAAAGACGCAUUUUUCUUUCCUGAUUGUAAAACUAUUAACUCUGUUCCUGUUUUUGUAUUAAAGAAGAAGACGAAACAUAAAAAAAAAACCGGUAAUUUGUUUGGUUUGAUUUGGU